AUGAUUUCUUUACAACUGCAAAAGAAUUCAUGAAAAUUGAUUUGCACACAAAGGGUCAACAAUUAGAGUAUGGGAAAACUCUAAAGUUCGUGAGAAGUGUUGACCUAUCAGCUAAUAAGCUAUCAGGAGAAAUUCCUGUACAGUUGUUCAAGCUCACCGAGUUACAAUCACUGAACUUGUCCUACAAUUACUUGAUAGGAGAGAUACCAGAGCAGAUUGGAGAGAUGAAAGAUCUAGAAUCUCUUGAUUUGUCCCACAACAAUCUUCAUGGGAAUAUUCCUCAGAGCAUGUCCGGUCUAUCUUUUCUCGAUGUUUUGAAUCUGUCGUACAACCAUUUCAGCGGCCAAAUUCCACUGGGCACUCAGCUUCAGAGUUUUGAUGCAUGGAGUUACGCCGGAAAUCCUGAUCUUUGUGGGCCUCCUCUUCAAAAGCACUGCACAAUACCAGAUAAUACAGAGAAAGUUGAAGAAAAUGAGGAUGAUGGUUUUUUGAAGUCAUUGUAUCUUGGAAUGGGAGUUGGCUUUGCUGUAGGAUUCUGGGUAGUUUGUGGUUCACUAGUCCUGAACAGAGCAUGGAGGCACUCUUAUUUUCGAUUUUUUAAUGGUGUGGUUGAUCGAAUCUAUGUUAUUGUCGCCAUAAAGCUUCAAAAAUUCCGCUGAAUGGGAAUAUGCUGCAACUCCAGAUUUUCAAGACUCGCAUGAGUCCCAAAAGAUUCGGCGCUUAAGCCCUUUGAUCAAUGGAAUUUUAGAUGAAGCUUUGAUAAAUGGCCGCAACUUCAAUAAGUAUUCAAAAGUUUGGGGCU